UUACCGAAAAACUAACAAAUCAAACAUUCUAACAGAAAAAAACCAAAAAAUAAUUUAAAACCGAACCAAUAUCUAGAUUAAACAGAUUUAAUGUGUUUUUAUUAAAAAUAACGAAACUAAUAAUCACGUCCAGCGCAAGGCGCGGGUUAUUACCUAGUCAUUAUUAUUUACUUGCAGGGAUAAUCAUGAAAUUGCCCUUUAAAAAACAAACUAGAAAAGUAACAGAAUUUGACUAAUCUCAAAGAGAAAACAAAAACAGCUAACAUGAGUAGUAGUCACCUCUUUGACAUCAAAACAUAAAAAUCUAUAAUUAGCCAUUACAGGAACAGAAAGAAAAAAACAGGUAGGAGCUCUCACCUAUAUUAAUGCAAUAAAAUCUAACAACACAUCACGAACAGAGAACAUUUUGUUCAGGGAAAGGCCGGCCAAAACAUUUGGUGAUCUUAGAGGAUCACGUUUACCUCUCUAUUCCAAAAGGUGGCCGAGCCCAAAAAUCCUAUGGCUCUGCAAUCAAAUUCAUCCUAUUAUGACCUCAGUACGUCCCGGUACGGUAAAGUAGUAUGUUAUAGCCACACGGAUUUGAUAGCAGAAGAACACCAUAAUGGAUGGGACAGUGCAAAACCGAUCCAUGCCGCAUUUCCUUUCUUUAUAAAACAACUAUUAGUCGCUAACUUUGUCUACCGCGUAAUCUACUACAUGAGUCGGCCGCUACAUCUUCCUCCUUUCGUUGCCCAACUCCUUUGUGGAUUACUGUUCAGCCCGACUUUGCUCGGUGGGGAAAUAUUUGUCCUCGAGUAUAUCUUUCCUUAUAAAUACACAAUGGUUCUGGAGACAUUCGCAAACUUAGCUCUCGUCUACAACAUUUUCCUCCUCGGUCUUGGUAUGGACUUGAAGAUGAUAAAAAUCAAGCAACGCAAGCCAAUAGUCAUAGCCAUCGUUGGCCUCGUUGUGGCUUUAUUGGCCGGUUAUGCCUUGUAUUACCUUCACGGUAACGGAGACGACGACAAGAUUAUUUCAGGUUGUCUUUACUGGUCGGUUGCGUUGAGUUGUACGAAUUUCCCUGACCUUGCGAGGAUUCUUGCGGAUCUCAAGCUCUUGCGUUCUGAUAUGGGACGCACGGCCAUGAGUGCAUCCAUUAUUACGGAUUUGUGUACUUGGGUUCUCCUUCUCCUCGGACUCGUAAUGUUUAACAAACAAGGUGUAUCGAACGAUAUGAUGCUAUUCGCGUUAGUAUCAACCAUCGGUUUUGUCUUUUUCAGCAUCUACGUGAUCCGUCCUGGGGUGGCUUGGGCCUUCGCCAACACGGUCAAAGGAGGCCACGUUGGAGAAAAUCACGUAUGGUUCACUCUCGUAGGAGUCGUUUUCUGUAGCUUAAUCACCGAAGCAAUUGGGGUCACCUCAAUCCCUGGAGCUUUCUUGUUCGGUCUCUCGAUCCCUCAUGACCACGUAAUUCGGGAUAUGAUCGAAGAGAAGCUCCAUGAUUACCUCUCGGGAAUUUUGAUGCCUCUUUUCUACAUCAUUUGUGGUUUAAGACUCAAUCUUGACUACUUGCUACAGAACACGACCGUUGGAGUGUUGGUGUUUGUGAUUUCUUCGUGCUUUAUGGUGAAGAUUUUGUCUACCGUUAUUUGCUCCCUCUUCUUGCGCAUGCCCUUGCGUGAUGGUUUUGCUGUUGGUGCCCUUAUGAACACCAAAGGAACUAUGGCCUUAGUCAUACUCAAUGCAGGACGUGACAGCAAGGCGUUGGACGUAAUAAUGUACACUCAUAUGACGGUUGUGUUCCUGGUGAUGUCUAUACUGGUGCAGCCACUUUUAACAUUGACUUACACGCCAAAGAAGAAAAUGUCUUUCUAUAAAUACCGAACCGUUCAAAAACUCCAAGGAGAAGUAGAGUUUCGUGUGUUAACCUGUGCUCAUGUCCUCGCUAACGUCUCCGGCCUAACCAGCCUAUUACAGGUUUCUAACCCGACCAAGCGAUCUCCUAUCAACGUCUUUGCAAUUCACCUAGUCGAACUAACCGGUCGCACUACAGCUUCGUUGCUCAUAAUGAACGACGAGACCAAACCUAAAGCUAACUUUUCGGACCGAGUCAGAGCGGAAUCCGAACAGAUCGCUGAGAUGUUCGAAGACAUGGACGUGAACAACGACGCCAUGUUGGUUCAGACACUCACCGCGGUCUCACCUUACGCGACGAUGCAUGAGGAUAUUUGUUCGUUGGCCGAGGAUAAACGAGCCAGCCUCAUCUUAUUGCCUUACCAUAAGAAUCUGACAUCUGAUGGUCGGUUAGGUGAAGGAAACGAUGCGCACGAGGAUAUCAACCACAACGUUUUGAGCUACGCACCUUGUUCGGUCGGGAUAUUGGUCGACCGUGGCAUGACGGUUAUUCGGUCUGAAUCUUCUUCGUUCCAUGGCGAGACCACCGAUAAAGAAAUUGCAAUGCUAUUCAUUGGAGGCCGGGACGAUAGAGAGGCUUUGGCUUAUGCUUGGAGGAUGGUGGGACAAGAAAUGAUCAAGCUAACGGUUGUGAGAUUUGUCCCGAGCAGGGAAGCUUUAUUUGCGGCCGGGGAAGAUGCCGCUGAGUACGUGAAGGAGGCACAAGUGGACGAAGAGUACAUCUACCAGUUUAACUUCAAGACUAUGAAUGAUUCUUCUGUGACUUAUACCGAGAAAGUGGUUGUCGAUGGUCCAGAAACGAUCGCAGCGAUUAGAGAAAUGGAAGAUAACCAUUCUUUCGAUCUUUACAUUGUGGGAAGAGGGUACAAAGUAGAAACGCCUGUGACCGUGGGUUUGACUGAUUGGAAUACUAGUCCGGAUUUAGGGGUUAUAGGCGAUACAUUAGCUUCAUCAAACUUCACAAUGCAAGGUUCGGUUCUUGUGAUUCAACAAUUCUCAGCCGCCUAUAGGCAAACCGCAGGAAACAAUCAAGAACAUGUUGGCGGUGGAGCCAGGGUUGCCAAUGAAGCCAAGCCUUUAAUGAAUUCUCAUGGGGAGGAAGAGGAUGAUGAAAAUGAACAAUAUCAAAUGGGAAUGCGCAAAUAACUCGCUGGCUUCUCCCUGGUAGCGGCUCUUCUUCCGUCGUGGUGGCUAGCUGACUCGUCUGCUGGUGUCCGCAGCUGUCUUUUCGGCUUAUUUACAUUUACUUUGUAAUCGGACCCAUUAGGGUUUUCUGUGGCUUUUAUUUCUUAUUUUAGUUUGUAAUAUAAAAAACAAACGCAAACAUUCGUAAAUAUGAAAAACCUUUUUACAAAAACAAAAAAUUUACUUUACAUCUUAAUGUUGAAACUAUUUUUUGAACAUUAUGAAUAGUGUAUUCAUAUGUCAAAAAUGAAGUUUUAUUUGAAUGAGAAAUGGAGGUCUAAUGUGUGUAAUUUGAAAAACUUGUAUAAAGUAGCAAAUACACACAUUGGAUAUUUGAACUUGGAUUUGGGUUUUUUGAUUUGUUAGUUGGAUUUCAUGUUCAUUAACUUAAUCUUAUAAACCAAAUAUAUGUUGAUCUUUUAUAUUGAUAAAAUAUAAAAAAGAAAUCCAUUUUAAAGUAUAUUAUUUUGUUUGAAUUGGUCAAACAAAAAAUAAUUUUACUCUUAAUUUCUUGGUCAAAAUGUGGAAUAAAUUCACAUACUAAUUGACAAGAAUUAAAGACUCCAUUAGUGCACCAUGGAGGUUUCAUUUUUGUGUUGAAAAAUAAAACUUGUACUUCUCAUUAUUUUUCUAUAUAAAGGCUUGUGAGUCAUUUAGAAAAAACGCACACACCAACACAUUCCUCUACUCAGAAUAGUUAUGCUAGUAUAUUUUUUUAUUUUGAGUCUGAGAGUACAUCACAUAAAAAAGGUUCGAUAGAUUCUGUUUUUCGGUGAUGGUAAACAGAAACAAUGCUGCAGUUGUAUCCUGGGAAUCUGAGCGCCAUAAAACCGUCACACUACGGGGCGUUUAAAGAUUUAAGGAAAGAGAUUAAUUAUCUCGACUCUGCAAUUCUUCUUUAUUUUUAUAUUUUAGUAUUGAAAUUUUAGUUUAUGUUCUUAUUAUUCUUUACAAAUAUCAGUUGUCCUAAGGUAGUAAAAUAAGGUUCCUACACUUAAUGGGUCUAAAUUUUGAAUUUGGAUUUACAGAUACGAAACAAAACCAAAAGUAGCACAUGCUCUGGUAUUUGCCCUGAAACUAAAUCCUUCUUCAUCUGCGAGUUGAGAACUACACCCGUAGCCCUUUUUCUUACUUCUUGUGUGUGCCUUCGCAGAGUAAUGACAGCCGAUUGCUGACCAUUCUAUACUAUCCUUGAUUGCACCGCAGAAGAAGACGGUGAUUCCCCAUGUCUUCGACUGUGCGGUUACGCCAAGUUUGAUAUAUUGUUGUUUGAAAAGUGUACCUCAGCAGGAACAGUCAAAGAAAUGGGAAAGUUUGAUCGUAUAAAAGCGGUAAGAUCUGAGAUAAUUUAUACUUUUUUGUCAAAUUAUGUUAAGUUUUUUGGGUUCUCAAUCUAAAAAAAAUUGAGGUAUGUGGAAUGGUUUUCUUAUAUAUUAUUCUCGUCUCAUCAAAACUUCCAGUAUGAACGUUCACACUCUUUAGAAAUUAAAGCUCAUGAGUCAUGACCCAUUAAUCUUUACAUAAUUCCAAUAAACUAUUUACUGAAUUAACAUUCCAUAUGGAUUAUUUUACCAAGUUUCUCCGAUGGCAACACAUUUUGAGAUACUUUUGGAUAAGCAUCUCAACAUUUGAGAUCAUCAUUCAUUCAAAUACAAUCAUUUUCUUGAUUUUGUGUGAUAUAUUAAAAGUUGAGAACUCAUGAAUGAGUAUGCCUUGAACUAGAUGAAAAACAGAUAUUAGAUCUGAUCUAUGAAGGAAUGAAGAAAAUGACAUGAGAGUUUUCUUGUUUUAUUUUUCUUUCUUUUACAUACACAUAUUCAAAGGAACUAUAAAGAUUACAAAAGAAGUCAAAAUAAUGUAGCUUCACUAUUCUGUUUUUACCGUUCAUCCAACUUCAUCUUUGGCAAGCUUGUUCCUGACAUGGUCUAGACUUCAUCUUUGGCAAAUUUCCAAAAAUCUAUGUAGCUAUUGGAGAAUUUACCAAGAAA